GUGAUCAAGGCCUUUGGUCGAAAAGGUGUGCUUUGUCAAUAGACACCAUGGGCGUGCCCAAUAUUUGGCGCUUCCUAUGGGCAGUAGCGUUGGUUGGGAUUCCAGGUGGGGUGUGGUCCCAGAAUGUCCCAUCCUACUUGAAUAUUGCCGAGAAUCGAACCGUAACCGUUAACGCUACAUGCGGGGAGGGCGUUCCAGUCAGGGAAGUUUAUUGUAAACUGGUGGGCUACGAUCGAUUGGAAAGCACUCUAUCGAAAUAUGACAUCUUGGAUGGACAGAUUUGCGAUUAUUGUUAUCCAUCCAAUGCCAAUGAAUCGAGCGAGUUCUCGCAUCCCAUCCAAAAUGUGGUGGAUGGCGAUCACGAGAGUUGGUGGCAAUCCCCUCCAAUUUCCCGAGGAUUCAAAUACAACAGAGUUACUGUUGACAUCGACUUACAACAAAUUUUCCAAGUGGCCUAUGUUCACAUUACAAUGGCAAAUUCACCUCGACCAGGAGUUUGGGCCAUCGAACGAUCCGUUGACCAUGGGAAAACAUUCCAACCUUGGCAAUAUUUCGCCGGCAAUGAUGUCGAAUGUCAAAAGUAUUUCGGAAUGUAUGCCAACGCUCCCAUUCAAUAUGACGACCAAGUCAUCUGUUCCACCGAGUUCUCCGAUAUUGUUCCCAUCGAGAAUGGGGAGAUCAUCGUCCAACUGAUCUCUAAUCGACCCUCGGCUCGGAAUAUGUUCAGGUCACAGGUGCUUCAAGAUUGGAUCCUGGCUACCAAUAUCAGGAUCCGCUUGAUCCAGACCAAAACCAUGUUGGGACACUUGAUGUCCAAGGCUCAAGGAGACAAGACUGUGACUCGUCGGUAUUAUUACUCGAUUAAGGAAAUAUCAGUCAGUGGGCGCUGCGUUUGUAACGGCCACGCCUACGUGUGUCCUCCUUCCCGGGACAAUCGGGAUCUUCUGCAAUGCCAAUGCCUUCACAAUACAGCGGGUAUUAAUUGUGACCAAUGUGCCGAGGGCUUCACCCAGAAAAAAUGGCGCCAAUACACAAAAGAGGAUCCGUACACAUGUGAACCUUGCAAUUGUCACGGACACUCCAACAAAUGCUACUACGAUCCGGAGGUGGAUGCCAAUCGGCUGUCUAUGGACAUUCAGGGGAAUUAUGAAGGAGGAGGUGUUUGUCAAGAGUGCCAAAGGCACACUGCCGGGAUCAAUUGUGAAACUUGCACGGAUGGUUUCUUCCGGCCCGAAAAUGUCUUCCCCAACGACACAGAGCCAUGCAUUCCUUGCCAAUGUGGAGGAGAUCAUCGCUAUACCGGAAAUUGUGCCCCAGAUUCUGGUGAAUGUGAGUGCAAAUCUGCAUUCCAAGGUGCUGAGGAUUGUUCAGCUUGUGCGGAUGGCUACUACGAUUAUCCGGAGUGCAAACCUUGCGAUUGUUUUGCUAAUGGAACGAUUCUUCAAGAUAACGGGAUGCCAUUCUGUGUGGCUGAAGGAGUGGUUCAAUGUCCCUGCUUGGAAAACUUUUCUGGUGCCUUCUGCGACCAAUGUGCUGAGGGUUAUUUCAAUUUCCCCGAGUGCACACCUUGUGAGUGCAAUCCCCAGGGAUCAGUGAAUGAGGUUUGCAACUUGGAGACGGGACAAUGCCCUUGCUCUUCAAACUACGGUUCGAGACAGUGUGACCAAUGUCAGAAUGGAUAUUUCUCCUAUCCGGCUUGCAACGGAUGUAAUUGCGAUCCUAUGGGAACAGUGGAAGAAAUUUGCGACAAGGAUUAUGGCCAAUGUUUAUGUAAGGAGGGAUUUGCUGGAGAGCGGUGUGACCAAUGUGAGCCGGGAUGGUACAACUACCCAAGUUGUACACCUUGUGAAUGCUCCGAUGUGGGAUCCAAUUCCGAAGUAUGCGACCCCAAAGACGGGCAAUGCCCCUGUUUGGGUAACUUUGGGGGUCGGCAAUGUGUGCAAUGCUCCCCCGGAUACUUCAAAUAUCCGUUAUGUAAAGCUUGUAACUGCGACUCGAUUGGAUCCCGGGGCUUGUCUUGCGAUGAUACGGGAAACUGCAAUUGCCACCCGAAUUUUGUUGGCACUAAAUGCGACCAAUGCGCACCCAAGCGGUACAACUACCCUCGGUGCGAGGAGUGUAACUGCGACCCAGAUGGAGUGACCCCUGAUUUCUUCGCUUUGGGUGGUUGCGACUCUGUUCCAGCGGGAUCCCUUUGCACAUGUAAAGAGAAGGUCACCGGCCGCAUUUGCGAUACCUGUAAGCCUUUGUACUGGAAUCUCCAAGGAUACAAUCCUGAAGGAUGCGAGUACUGUGGUUGCCAUACCCCUGGAACAAUUGGGUCUGUGGGAGUUUGUGACACAGAGGACGGUCAGUGCGCUUGCAAACCCAAUGUGGGUGGUACCAGGAUUUGCGACCAAUGUUACGAUGGCUUCUUUGGUUUGAUGGCUAUUAACGGAAUGGGAUGUGAUCCUUGUCAAUGUGACGUGGGGGGCACGCAAUUGCAACGCGGCGAAGAGGCCGUCUGUGAUAAGGAGUCGGGUCAGUGCCGCUGUCGACCCGGUCUCAUGGGAAGGCAAUGCAAUGAGGUUAUGGAUACCUACUACGUCCCUACCCUUCAUCAGUUCCAACAUGAAAUUGAGGAUGGAUAUCGACGAGACGGAAGUCCGGUGAGGAUUGGCUAUGAUGAUGCCAGAUUUCCGGGAUAUUCUUGGAAAGGAUACGGAGCCUAUUCGCCAUUGCAAAGUGAGGGGUCGCGCAAACUCGCCACUUUGGCCAGGUGGCAACCUGAUCUGGAAUACGAGGUGUCCUUGAACGAGCCGGAAAAGAAGCAUGUCCUCGCUAUCGUUUUCUUCACCCCCGAAGGCCUUAAUGACACCAAAGCCAUUGAUGUGUUCGUCAAGGAUGAUUCGUACGCCGACGACACCCAAAGCCCAAGUGGACAAGCCUACAUAUUCAAUUGUCCGUACAGUCGGUUGUGCCGUCAAGUGGUCAUUGGGCCGGAUGGCAAAGUGGCAGAGUUUGAUUUUGACACCAAUCCCGGCUUAGUCAAGUUGUCGAACAAAGACGAUGUCCUGAAUUUGGCCGUGGAUUCAGUCAUAGCCAUUCCCAUUGACCGUUGGUCACUGGACUUUGUGACUCCUGACGGUCAGUGUGUCAAAGUGAAUGGUCAAUGCUUGCCCUUCGCAUACCCCGAUGCUCCUGAUCAGAGCCAAAUCCUACCCUUUGUGGGUCCAGGGGCUGGUCCUCCCGCCAAUUACAAGCCACCCAAUAUGUGGAAACCGGAGGAGACGCAAUUGCUCUUCGUCAGUGGAGACAAUCCCAUCGUGGACAUUACUGGAGCUGUGCCACAACCUGGAUAUUAUGUGCUAGUGGCCAAAUACUAUCAACCUGACCAGCCAAGCUUUAAUCUAGAUAUGAACAUCACCUACGGCAAUCCUGGUGAAGCGUUGGAUGUGGAAGAACUUCUGGCUAGAGGUCAAUAUCACGAAGCAGUUCUACCUUUGCCCACUUGCAACGCCAAUACGGGAUGCCGUACUCUGAUCAAAAAUGUCAAAGAUAAAACGCAGGAAUUCAGUCUACCCGACUUGUUCCACAUUCAAACCGAGAACCCUGGGGGCAAGCCCGUGUGGUUAGAGAGUGUGAUAGCUGUCCCAUCGGAAAAUUACAAGGACAACUUCUUACAACCCGCUAAAAUGGACAAGAGUUUGGAAUUUGCUCAAGAUUGUGGCCAAAAUCACUUUUAUGUGGACCCAAGAGCUGAAGGAUUUUGUCGAGAAGCCAUAAUCUCAGUGGGUGCCGAUUUCAAUGGAGGAGCUUUGGAUUGCCAAUGCGACAGUCAAGGUGCCAUUGGAUAUGAUUGUGCCAAGAUUGGAGGUCAGUGCAACUGCAAGCCCAAUGUGAUUGGUCGCCAAUGUACCCGAUGCAAACCCGGCUUCUUCGGAUUUCCGGACUGCAAACAGUGCCAAUGUCCACCCACAGCCCGUUGCAACGAGCAGACAGGUAAUUGUAUCUGCGCUCCACAUGUGACUGGCACACCGGAUGAUCCCUGUUCCACUUGUGAGGAAAACACGUUUGGAUAUGAUCCAAUCACGGGAUGCCAGGAGUGUAAUUGUGCCAUUGAAGGAACGAUGAAUGCCAACAUGUCUUGCAGCUUGGAAACGGGAAAUUGCUAUUGUGAAGAAAACGUAGAGGGUCGCACUUGUGACCAUUGCUCCGCCGGGUUCUUCAGAUACCCAGAUUGUGAGCAAUGUCCUUGUGACCUACGAGGAACCACCGAGGAGAUUUGCAAUCAAGAAACCUCGGCAUGUUUGUGCAAACCCAAUGUGGAAGGCGCUGCCUGUGACACGUGUCAACCCGGGAAAUUCAAUUUACAAGAGCGCAAUCCCGAUGGAUGUACGGAUUGCUUCUGUUUUGGGAAAACCACUUUUUGCCAAAGUCAUGAUUCGAUGCGAAAAAAACAAAUUUAUGACAUGGACAAUUGGCAACUUCAUGGCUUCGACGUGAAGAAAACGCUGACCAAGAUCAGUCUUGAUGAGGGCGUGAGUGUGCCUAACUACAACGGAGAAUUGGCCUUGGCCUUUGACAGCUACGCCAGUGGAGUGGAUUUGUCGCUUUCCUCGCUUUACUUCCAAGCCCCUGAAUCGUAUCUCAGAGAACAGAUCUUCUCGUAUGGAAAUUAUCUCAAGUACUCGCUCAUCUAUUCUGGUUAUGAAUUUGCUGGUACUCCUAAGCAUCCUGACGUAAUUCUGACGGGUGACGGCAUCAGUUUGUUGUUUUACUCGGGGCGGAAAAUCAGCCCAAAUACGCCCACAAAGUUCGAGAUCCCCUUGGAGCCGUAUUAUUGGGUGUUGCCGUCGGGCUCGGGUAUUGACCGAUCUAAAUUGAUGGUGGUAUUGAACAACUUGGAUGGGAUCUAUAUCCGCGCUAACUACGCCCUUGAUCCUAAUGGACAAGCAAGGCUUUCUGGGGUGAUCUUGGAGUCCGCGGAGGAAGUGGAUCCAGGCACUGAAAUCCCACCUGAAGAUCGUGUUUCCAGCGUGGAAGUCUGUGAGUGUCCCAUGGGCUACCAUGGAACAUCUUGCGAAGGCUGCUCUCUGGGGUAUUACCGCAAGGAAGAGGGCCCCUUCGGACCAAUUUGUGUACAAUGCAACUGCCAUGGCCACGCCGAGGUCUGCCAUCCUCUCACCGGUGAAUGUGUGGAACUUCAACCUCUAAACCCCGAGGACGUGAUCAGCUCGGCCGAUGACUCGCCUGAAUAUGAUCCAGAGGGCUCAUAUGAAUCCCUUCCGUUCAUUGAGUUCUGCCACUUCCGACCCGAUCUGUGCAAAGUCGUCACUGAUGGAGAGGAGCCUUGCCUUCAUAACACGACUGGUCCGCAAUGCGAAAAUUGCGCCGUUGGAUAUUAUGGGGAUGCUACACGUGGAUCUCCCGAGGAUUGCCGAUCGUGCCCCUGUCCAUUACCAGAAAAUAAUUUUGCCACCUCCUGUGACGCCCUCAUGAGGCCAGCCUCGCCUGAAACUGGUCCAAUUCAAGAUUAUUGCGUGUGCCAACCCAAUUAUAUGGGCGAUAGGUGCCAGUUUUGUGGUCCCGGAUAUUUUGGCCAGCCUGAAGUUAUUGGAGAUUAUUGUAAGCCUUGCGAAUGUAACAACAACAUCAAUGUAACCGAUCCUGAUGCUUGCGACAUGUUCUCGGGGAUUUGCCAAAAUUGCUUGGAACACACUUUCGGCGAUUCGUGCGAACGAUGUGAGCCCUGGUUCUUCGGAGAUGCUCUCAUGUUGAAGAACUGCCAAGAAUGUUUGUGUGACAAAAUGGGCACCGAGAUGUGUGAUCACAAUAAUGGCUUCUGUCAAUGUCUCCCGGGAGUGGAAGGCGAUAAAUGCGACCGCUGCAUGAUGGACCAUUGGGGCUUCGAAAGUGGACCCCCCGGUUGCACAGCCUGUCAGUGCAGUGAUGCCUCGGAAUCGACCUCUUGCGACCUUUUCAGUGGUCAAUGUCGAUGCAAACCAGGCGUGACGGGUCAGAAAUGUGACACGUGCAUGGCGGGCUAUUGGAACCUUGGACCCAAUGGCUGCGAGAGUUGUGGUUGCAAUACGGAGUUUGCCGUGGGUGGAACCUGCGAUCAAGAGACCGGUCAGUGUCAAUGUUUGGAGGGUGUUAUCGGGCAGAACUGUGAUCAUUGCCCCCACCAUUGGGUGCUCGUGGUCAAUGAGACUCGAACCAGUACUCCCGAAUGGAAACGUCCCUUCAGAUAUCGCGAAGGCUGCUUCCCUUGCUCAUCCUGUGUCUCGGAUCUCUUGGUUCUGACCGAAGACCUGAACAACACUUUGGCCCCAAUUUCCCAGGAGUUUGGUGGUGCAGAAUCGAGUUUCUUCGCCUUCAAGCGUUUGAAGUACAUUGAAGAGGACGUGAGUCGCCUUCAGCCAGAGAUUGAUCUUCUGGACCCUCAAGAAGGCUCAAGGAGACUUCAACCAUUGGAAAAUCGAGUCUCAGAUCAACACCAGAUGGCCAAAAGCCUUAAUGUAAACUUCAAACUCGAUAUGAUGAGGAGCCAGAAAGCCGAGGCCAUUGAUUUGUACGACCGAGGUCAGAAGGCAGUUCAAGACAUGAACAAGGUGAGCGACGAGAUCGCUCGGGUGACCAAAGUUAUGCGCGAGAUUGCCGAUGGUUUGGGCAGCGGGGUCACACCUGAGCAACUCGAAACAUCCGUGAAAUUGGGCAAACAAUGGUUGGAACAGAUCAGGGAGCACGACUUCGUCGACGAGCGGCAAAUGGCCAUCGAGAAGCAAAUGAUGGCCAAUGAGAUGGAAACCAUUGUGAAGGCACUACAAGAUCCAGUGGGAACGCUCCGUAGUAACGCCACUGAUGUUGAACAAGACAUAGCGGCAUUGAUUGAGAACAUGGAGGAUCUGAAAAGAAAUGCGGAAAAUGCCAGCAUCAUGAUCCGUGAGGCUGGGGCCUUGAACUUCAGGAAUUCUGAUCCACCCGCUUCGUUCAAAUCUGCUCGUAUUGCGUCACUUUUGGAGACCACGGGGAACAAUAACAAGAUGGGCUCGGAUUUAGUGACCGAGGCCGAUGCAAUUCUGGGCGAUGCCAAGGUAGCCUUCGAGCAAUUGGCCUCGAAAGGCUCCAAUAUGGGCGAGUAUAUCGACGAAUUCAACCGACAAAUCGACAACAAUCAGGAGUCCCUGAAUCAAAAUUACGAGACAAUUUACUCAGCCAAUAACCAUGCCAUCGAUUUGGAACGGCAAGCCCAGAACUUCAACAACAUCUUGGCCAAUGCCAAAGCUCCGGCUGAACGGACCUUGGACGCGGUCACGGCCUACGAGACCAUUAUUGAUGCUGUGAAUGAGGCUCAAGAAAGCGUCAAUUCUGGUUUCUAUGCAUCAGAGAGCGCAGAAGCCAUGUCCGUUGGCGUGGGUGAUAAGGCUGCCAAGGCUAAAGAUCGAACGCAAGAACUAUAUGAUGCAGCCUUGGAAGCGAAUGAAGCAGUUCGGAAUGAGUUAGAUGAAAACCUUCGUCGUUCCAAGGGCAACGUACAAGAUGUCGAGAGGAAAACCAAAGUCAUUAAACAAAGCGUGGAGUCCAUUACUAGGGGAUUGGAAAGCCUGCCGCCCACUCCAGAACUGUUGAAGGAAACCGUGGACAUUGCCAAUGACGCUGAGACUGUGGCCCACGACUCACUUUCUUCCAUCAAUGCCAGAGCUGAUGAGAUCACUCGGAACAUUGGACAAGCCAGGACACUCCAGGAUAAUCAUGAGCAGAUGAAAUUCAGCCUCGAGGCUACGAAAAAAGCUUUGGACGAAAUCGAGUCCCAAGACCGGCAAAAACGUGACACAGGCGACAUUCCUGAGAGCGAGAUGAAUGAGCGCCUGGCCAGUUUGAACAACCGACAAGGCAGGGUGACCAAUCUCCAGGAUAGUGUCAAAGGCAUGAUUGGCAAACUCAAGGACAGACUCGGGCAGGUCCGAUUCACUUUGGCCAGGAUGGACGUGGGUAUGGAAUUUGAUCGAGGAUCCAAUUUGGAGGUUGAAACACCAGAAAUUCUGGACGAAUUAGCCAUCAACACUCAGAUUAGUGCCUACUUCAACGUAUCCAGAGCUUCCGAUGAUGACCGUGCAUUCUUACUCUACAUUGGAAAUGAAGAAGACACUCAUUCCAAGAUGCCGCAUACCUCCACGGAUGAUUACAUGGCUUUGGAAGUGGUAGAAGGUGGCUUUUGUAAACUCACCGUGGAUCUUGGAGCUGGUCAUUUGGAGGUCAAAUCCAGUGUUCCCAUAGUGUAUGAUCAAUGGAACUACAUUGAGAUCGAAAGACAAGGUCACACUGUCACCAUGACCUUGAAGCAAGAAGAAGGCCCCGGCGAGGUCAACGAAGAUAAGGUCCAAGAGGCUCUGCCCCGUUACGAUGAAUACGGCCGACCUUUUGGAUCAGUAUUCAAUUUGCACCCCGAAUAUUCUCGGAUCUUUGUCGGCGGCUUCCCCAAUUCGGUUCGAAUUCAAUCCACCGUCCAUGAGACCUUCAUGCAAGGACAAGUGGAAGGACUCAAGAUCGGAGGUCAGGAAGUGGGGUUGUGGAACUACAAGGUGGCAAAGAAUGUGAAAGGAGCUCCUGGGAGGAACAAGUUUAAGGAUAAGCCCAAAAAGAGCGUGCGAUUCGGCGGCCAAGGGUUCAUAGCCUUGGAUCGAAACUACUUUUUAGAUAUGGAUGACGAGUUCUCGAUCAAGAUCAAGUUCAAGCCCGAAAGUCGGAGCGGAAUCUUGUUGGUCAUGGGCAGUCCUCGGGAUCAAGAUUUCGUAGCCCUGGAAUUGGAGAAUAAAUACUUGAGAUUCAGUUUUAAUUUGGGCGACGGUGUGGCCUCUGUGGUCUCGGACAAGAGCUACGACCUUGACACGUGGCAUUAUGUUGAAAUCAAGCGACAAGGCCGGAUGGGUAGUUUAAGCGUGAAUAACGAUUUGGUCGGAAAUGUCGAAUCCUACGGUGACAUGGCUCAAUUGUCCGUGGAGAGCGAUAUCUACUUGGGUGGAUUCCCCGGAGAAGUGCCCUAUCCUGAUGUCGAUGGGUAUAACUUCACGGGAUGCAUGGAAGAGGUUUUCAUCGGAUUGGACAGCGCGGACCUGAACUCGUACAACGAAGCUGUUGGAAUUGAACCCGGUUGUAUUAGAACGACUGAAUCGCUAGUCACAUUCUCCCCCUCAUCACCUGGGCACCUUCAGCUUCAUCCUCAAGAGCUUUUGGGAACAUUAGAGAUCAGUCUCAUGUUCAGAACCAGGGCCAAUCGAGGCAUGCUGGUGUAUGCCUACGACUCUCCCAAUCAUGCCUAUUAUGUGUCUCUGUCCCUCAUGGAUGGCUCCUUUGAACUUCGGGUAUUUUCGGGCCAUAUCUUGACUACUGCCAAGACCGGAAGCAAAUCCAUCGUCUACAAUGACAACACAUGGCACACGGUCACGAUCUACAUCACCAAGACCGAUAUUCAUCUCCACACCGAUGACCAUGAACACUUUAAAAUUGCAGUGGAAAACCCGGACCAGAUUCCAAAUCUAGACGAACGUUACAACAUCUAUAUGGGUGAUGUGCCUGGCGAUAUCAACGUGAUUCCCGAUGCGAUCCCCUCGAACAGUCCGUUUAUUGGAUGCAUCCGAGACGUUUUGGUGGAACAAAACCUCACCGACUUCAAUGUAAUUCCUUACCACACUGGAUUGGAUUUUGGAAUCUGUAAAUCCGAUGCCAUAAGCGUCCCUGAGCCUGGAUCUGGCUCAGUAAAUCCAACUGAUGAUCAAGACAAGACAAACACAGAAGACGAGGUCCUUGACGAGAAUGACACCGCAAAUAAACAAGAUAAACCCAACAAGAAAGAUGAAUCCACUAGCUCUUGGGAUUUGUUGCCCCCAGCUGCCCCGCCUCCGGAAUACUUUGGACAGUGCUCUCUGCCCAUAAACCCUGCUCCAGAUCUUGAUGUUUCUCAAGAAUCAGGAUUGCGAUUUGGAGCGAAAAAGGACACAUACUUGGAAUUCAACACCAAGUUGAAGGUGAAGAAACGCGGCGAAUUCAUCAUCGACUUCAGAACCACUCAAAAAGACGGCGUCAUAUUUUAUGUGGCCGACGAGACGAAUAGGGACUUCAUUGCACUGUUCAUGAAGGGUGGAAAGCUUAUCUAUGCUUUCAACUGUGGUUCAGGCCCUGUUUACAUCGAAUCUAGGCCUAUCAAUGAUGGUGCCUGGCACACGGCUCGCUUCACUCGUCAAGGAGAACGUGGUUCUCUGUUCAUUGAUGGAAAUAUGGAAGGGGAAGAGAGCUCACAGGGGUUCACGAAGAACAUUGAAGUUCUACCUCUAUUUCACUUGGGAGGAUUAAGGUCCGAGGCGUAUGAGGAUACUGAUGUCAGAAGGAACUUGAUGAAUGUGGAUACAGGCUUUGUGGGUUGCUUGCGAAACUUCCUUCAUCGCGGCAAGCCCGUUGGCAAAUGGACCAAGAACCAUCGAGUGAUAUCGUGUUCCCAAAAGGUGGAACCUGGCUACUUCAUCGGUCCCAAUGGCGGCUCCAUCAUGCCGUUCAAAAAGUUCCGCGUGGGCCUGGACUUUGAUAUCACCCUCCAGAUCAAGCCCAGGAACAUUUCAGGACUUCUUCUGGCUGUUCAAGGGCGGCGGGAUUACCUCAUUCUUCAAAUGGUCGAUGGAGCCAUGACCUUCACCGUGGACAAUGGUCGUGGUGCAAUUGUGACCACCUUCAAGCCGAGUUCCAAGUUCCAAUUCUGUGACGGACAAUGGCACGAGAUUCACGCCGUCAAGGCCAAGAAUGUCGUGACUCUGUCCGUGGAUAACAGCUUCACUCAACCAGGCAUUGGCGUCCCCGGGGUUUCCUCCACGGACACCAAUCAUGGUCUCUUCAUCGGUGGACAUCCCAAGGCUGAUCGCUUGACUGGAUUGCUGACUGACAUGCCAUUUGUGGGCUGUGUGAGGAACAUUGUCAUCGAGGGAACCAAGCUGGACAUUGAGCCCAAUAUGCUAAAGGGUGACGUUAUGUCUCAUGUUUGUCCAACCAUUUAAUCAGUGAAAGAAAGCAAAAUAAAACGAUGUCGUCUCUUCGUAGCGAAUCGGAGCA